AUGGAUGAUUCUGAAAUCAAAAGGAUGGAUAAGCUCGAUAUCGAAUCCGAAGAGGAGUGGUACGACGCACCUGAAGAAGAAGAUGAUCAAACCGAAACAUUUGUGGAACAGAGUUGUGUAACUGUUCUAGCAGAAGAAGAUAUCCGGAGGCGUAUGGAGAAUGAUAUUAAAUGUCUUUCAGAUAUUUUCUCAAUCACCGAAGCUGAAGCCACACUUCUGCUGCCUCUCUUUCGCCGCAAAGUUAGUGAAUUUCACAAGGAAUGGUUUGAUAAUGCUAAAAAUGUUAGAGGAAGCGUUGGCAUAUUGGAGAGACUUUAUGAUAAACCUUCUGAUGACAAACAAUUCCUUUGUGGAAUCUGUUCCGAAUCACACCUGCUUGAGAUGUCUGCAUCGGUCUCUUGUGGCCAUCGUGUUUGCACUUGCUGCUGGACAAGACAUAUCAAGAAAGUCAUCAGUGAAAGUCCAGAAGCUGAAUUGAAUUUGUGGCUGGUUUGUCCUUAUGAACAUUGUCCAGCUUCCGUUGGUCGAGACAUGAUCGAGAGAUUUGCUUCCGAGGAAGACAAGUCUAAGUACGAACGAUAUCUCCUUAGAUCGUACGUUGAAGACAGCAAAACGAUGAAAUGGUGUCCUGCCUCGGGGUGUAGUUUCGCAAUUGAACGUAGUCCUGAUUCUGGAAAUUCCGAUGUCUCUUGUGUUUGUUUGCUUAGAUCCUGUUGGAAUUGCAGCGAGGAGGCUCACAGUCCUGUGGACUGUGAAUCAGCAGCAAAAUGGUUAGCAAUGAACAUUUUCGAUUACCAAAGCUCAAUCUGGGUAAUGGCCAACACGGUGCCUUGUACUAAGUGUAAGCGAAGGAUAGAAGAAAAUCAAGAUUGUUCACUGAAGAUGACAUGCUUACCACCUUGUAACCAUGAUUUCUGUUGGUACUGCCGCAGGGACUGGACUGAACACGGGGAAGAAACUGGGUGCUCUUUAUACAUUUGUAACCUCGUUCCUGUCUCGUGUGGAGCGACUGAUUUUCAGAAAAUGGCAGAAUCUGCUGCAGAUAGAUACAGAGUCUGUUAUGAAGACUGGAAGAGUAAUGAAUCGUUGAUGCAACAAGCAAAAGCAUACCUGCAGCGACUACACACUGAUCUUAUUCCGCAUCUAAGUAGCAUACAGUUAGCAACUGUACCGCAGCUUCAGUUCAUUGCAGAAGCUUGGUCUCAGAUGAUGGAAUGUAGAAGGGUCCUGAAAUGGAUUUACGCUUAUGAAUACUACCUUAGAGAUGAUGAGGUCGAGAAGCGAGCUUUCUUGAAGCACAAGCAAGAGGAUGCGGAGAUUCCUUUGAAGAAGCUCUAUCACUACGCAGAGAAUGAACUGCAGACGUAUCUUGACGCGGAGGAACCAUCAGAGGACUUUACUAAAUUCAGCAUCAAGUUACAAAGACUAACUAGCAUAACGCGAAACCACUACGAGAGUCUGGUAAGAGAUCUUGAGGAUGGCUUAACUAAUGUUUUACCUUCUUCAAGGUCUCGAAGGCCACGUAGCGAGGAUGCUAGUGAUUUGGACCGUGAUUAUGGUGACGACUAG